AUGGCAACAGAAAAUUUGAUAAAUGCUAUAGCACAAUUAGUACAAGGUAAACAAGAUUUGAAAGAGUUUGCUGAUGUUUUUCCUACAACACUUCCAGGGAAAUUACCACCAAAACAUGCCAUAUAUCACACUAUAGAACUUGUUCCAGGAACAGAACCUCCAAUCCGCCCAAUCUACAAGAUGUCUUAUACAGAAUUAGAUGAAUUAAAAAAGCAAUUGACUGACUUAUCAAAAAAAGGUUAUAUUCAACCAAGUGUAUCACCUUUUGGAGCACCAGACACUGAAAGAUAUCUUGAUCCACUGACUGAUUCAAAACAUGGUGCUAAACUUUUCUCAACACUAUUGAGAUCAUUGAUAGCUCAUGCAGGGAAAGAAUUUUUACCAAAUGAUGGCACAAUUAUUUUAGAAGAUAUUUAUCAUCUACCAUUACCAAUUUUUAGUUAUCCAAGUUUUAUUCAAGUGCUUUCAACUUUUCAUCUGGAUUGGGUUUGUCCACCAUUUAAGAAGUUAGACAUAAGUAAGAUUGAUAUACCAUUUCUAUAUCUAUCAGGAGCUAGGAAAUGUUUUUCACAAAUUUAUGAGUUACAUUGUGACAACACAGCAUCACCACAUUUAUAUUAUCACUUAACAUCAAUGUGCUCUAUCAAACUUUUUAUUAAUGAAAAUGAUGAUCAUAAUAAGAAGGAUGGUGGCCUUAUUAUUAGGAAAGAUUUAAAAAGUGAUAAUAGGGGAUUGGCAUAUUUGAUUUCUUUACAAAAAUAUUUAGAAUGUGUGGUAUAUGGUUCUGUUUAUAAUGUUGUUAAUUUAGAACUACACAAAGAAAUCAGUAAAGCAUUAAUCAAGUUCUAUAAAAUAUUUUACUCUUACUGGAGGAUCAUUAUGUUUUCCACCAGAAACAAUUGGUCAUUUUUCGAACCUGAUGUAUUGGAGAUUUUGGUGAAUGAUAAUAUAGAAGACCUUUUCCAAGAUAUGUGUAUGUCAACCACUUUCAAAGGGCUGGAAAUACUUAGGAUUGGAGUUCUUGAUUUAUAUGGGUUCUGGCCAAAUGGCAAGAAAAAAUUAUCACAACUUAAUGAAACAAUAGCUCAAUAUUGUUAUCAAAAUUUGCAUUACCUAACUACUACUUCAAUUUCUGAUGUCAAAGAUGUAAGGCAAAUUUUGGUAUCAUGUGAACAACUUGAGGGACUAUAUUUGGUUAGUAAUGAAAAGGAGAUUGACUCUGAAGAACUUUUUCAAUUUCUAAUAACCAUUACCCAGCAAAAUUUUCAAAAUUAUGUCUAUUCAACAAAAGGGACUUAUCCAAAACUUCCUAAAAAACUUAAUAGACAAACUAUUAAUCCUUAA